AUGCCAAGGGGGGGCCCACCGGCUUCUCCGAGUCCAGGGCCCCCCAAAGUGGGCCUUAGCAAGAUGGGUUCAGCAGCAGCAGCAGCAGCUGGCGAGCCCAGGCAGCAGCAGCAGCAGCAGCAGCAGCAGAGCAGCAAGCCCGCUGCUGCUGACGUUCUGAUCCGCCGGAGGUCUGGCGGCGCUGCGCUUAUUCGGCAGCGCAGCAGCAGCAGCAUGAACGCUGCUGCUGUUGCGGCGACGGAGGCAGCAACAGCAGCCACAGCUGCUGCUGCUGCAGCAACAGCAGCGACGUCUCGCUGCAUACGCCGCAGCGCCUCGAAGGAAGCAGCCAAGGCCCCAAAGGCACAGCCAGCAGCAGCAGCAGCAGCAGCAGCUCCUGCUGCUGCUGCUGCUGGCAUUACUUUUCCAGAUUCUUGUGAUCCGGAAGAACAUGUGGCUCUCACUUAUCCGGGGGGCCCCUCUGCUUUUGCUGCAGACAUGGAAGCUGCUAAGACAGCCUUUAAAAGGGGCCACUACGCCGUGCUGCUGCUGCUGCUCAUCAUGUUUGCUGCUGCAGCAACUGCUGCUGUCAUCAUUCUCCAGGACCCCUCUUUCCUACGGCACCGCACGCAGCACCUGAUGCGCCCGCAGCAGCAGCACGAGAAGCAGCACGAGCACCCGCAGCAGCAGCAGCAGCAGCAGCAGCAAGCGACAUUUGAACCAGAAAGCGAAGAAGCAGCUCUCAAGAGUGGGACUGAGGCCCAAUCAGCAGCACCCACAGAAGCAGCAGCAGCAGCAGCAGCAGCAGCAGCUCGAAGGGGGCCCAUCCCCGGCAUGCCUCUCCAGAAGCAGCUGGGGCCUGGGGGCGAGUGGCUGUUGCCUUCUGCUGCAGCACUUGAGGGUUUAGUGCUGCACGUAGUGCAGCAGCACGGGGCCCCGGGGGCCCCGGGGGCCCCAGGGGGGCCCCCCCCCAAAGACCCGCUGGAGCUGUGGCUGCAGCGGGGGCCCCGCUGCAGCAAAGAGACACAAAGUGGGGCCCUUGUUGCUGAAGAAGUGGCCCGGGGGGCCCCCCUCCUGCAGCUGCCGCGGCUGCUGCUGCUGUCGACAGCAGACGCGCCGCAGGCCAUACGCGAAAAGUGCGUGCUGCAGCGCCGCAGCAGCAGCAGCAGGCAGCAGCUGCAGCAGGAAACCCCGUGCAACCCGGAGGAGCUGCUGGCCGUGCUGCUGCUGAAGGAGCUGCUGCUGACUCGCCAGCUGCAGCAGCAAGACCCAGCAGCAGCAGCAGCAGUUGCUUCCAGCUGCUUGCUGCACACAAACAAACGCAACGCGCCUUUCUAUGGGCCGUAUCUCUGGAAGGCGCUGUCGCUGAAACCUGAGGUGUACACGCAGCUGGAGUGGACAGACACCUGA